UGGUGCGAGCACACUUUCCCCUUUAAGAUGUGGGAUCUCCGUGCCAGGGCCUGACCUCGGCAUCCUCAGCUGAGCUGGAUUAACGGGGCAGAGGGAAGGGGCCCACCAAGGGAAGCAGGGCCUCCCAGGGCUCCCCACACACAGCCAUAGGGCUCUGUGGGGCUGAGCACACGUGGGCACAGCCAGCACUGUAUGCGAUGGGAGCAUCCAGAGAGCAGUGGGUGGAGGGACAUGCAACCACGCUGGGGAGCAGAGCACUCUGGGGGGGCUUUUAAGUGCUCUGUACCAGGAGUGCUGCUACCAUGAAGGACUUCACUGAAAUCACGCUUUGCCCCGAGGCUCUGGAGCGCAGCGAGACUGAGUUCUGCAACCCCGUCUUUGAGGGCGAGGAGCCCCUGGCAGUGCCUCCAGCUGAGAAGCCACCGGACGAGGAUGGGGUGGGAGCCACAUCACCCCAGGAUGCCCUCGGCCGGCAGCUCUGGGUGCAGGCGGGCUGGCAGUACCGUGCCGACUGCAGGUUCACCUGGCUCUGCGUGGCUCUGAUGAGUGCUGUUCUCCUCUUCCUCAUCGCCCUCCUGCUGGGCAUCGUCAUCCACCAGCUGACAUCCCCGCCACCACCCCACUCCCCGGCUGCAGCCCUGCCCGCCCGCAGCACCGCCACCACCACUGUGGCACCCAGCCAGAGAGACCCCCAGGACCCCAAACCCUCCACCCCAACCCAUGGCCAACCACCUGCAGCCAGCACUCCAGCACCGGUGUGUGGUGGGAUCCUGCGUGGCCCCGAGGGCUCCUUCAGCUCCCCCAACCACCCCGGCCCCUACCCACCCCAUGCCCUCUGCAUAUGGCACAUCGAGGUGGCAGCUGGCAUGGCCAUCCAGCUGACAAUGGAUGCGUUCAGCGUGGAGGGCACCGCCUCCUGCCUCUUCGACCGGCUGGAACUCUAUGAGGAGCAGGGGACCCGGGGGGGCACUGCCAGGUUCUGUGGCAGCGUGGUCCCCCCAACCUUCAACAGCAUCUCCAACCACCUGCGUGUCACCUUUGUCUCUGAUGGCAGUGUGGGGGCACCAGGCUUCAGUGCUCGGUACCGUGCUGUGGCUCCCAGUGAGAAGAGCUGUGCAUGGGAUGAGCACUUUUGUGACCAGGGGCUCUGCAUCCACCUGGGCUUUGUCUGUGAUGGGUUCCACGACUGCGAGGAUCGGAGCGAUGAGGCCAACUGCAGCGUGAAGCACAAAGAGUGCGGGGGGCCGCUGACCACCCUGGAGGGGCACUUCUCCACCCCGAGCCACCCCCAGCCAUACCCACACCAGCAGCUGUGCCUCUGGCAGAUCUCCGUUCCCCUGGGUCACAUCAUAGACCUGCACUUCCACAACUUCAGCCUGGAGUCACACGAAGACUGCAGCUUUGACUUCGUGGAGGUUCACGACAGUGCAGGCACUGGGACUGCCAGCCUCAUGGGCAGGUUCUGUGGCCACCAGCCGCCACCUACCCUGACCUCGUCACGCCACGUCAUGACAGUCCUCUUUGUGGCAGAUGAAGGAGUAGCAGACACCGGGUUCUUUGCCACCUACCAAGCCCGCAAUGCCACAGAAAAAACCUGCAGCCCCGCAGAGUUUUCCUGUGGCAACGGCGAGUGCCGUGCGCUGGAGUCCGUGUGUGAUGGUUGGCACGACUGCCCCGAUGGCACCGAUGAGCUGAACUGUACUGGGGUCUCCUACCCUGCAUUUGGCUCCAUCUGUGAGCCUGUGGAGGUGGAGAUGUGCCUGGGGCUGGGCUACAAUGCCACCUCCUUCCCCAACAUCUGGCUGGCCAUCCCAGACCAGGCGGGAGCUGCCGAAGUGCUGCAGGACUACCAGACGCUGAUGGAGCUCGCCUGCUACCAGCACCUCCGCCUGCUCAUCUGCAGCCUCUUUGUGCCCAAGUGCACACCAGAUGGGGGUGUCCUGCAGCCCUGCCGUGCUGUCUGCCUGGCUGCUGAGCUGCGCUGCCAGCACUCCCUGGGUCUCCUCGGCAUCCUCUGGCCCAUCAACUGUAACAUCCUACCCGACUCCAACGACCCUGUGGAGUGCUUCCAGCCCUGAGAUGGCGAGGAAAGAGGAGUGCCCCAAACCUCCCUUCUGCUCCAGCUGUGAGAUGUCCUGCCCUGACGCCUGCCAGUUUGCUCUGUGCCCAGUUCAGUGCCCAGAUGCCAUGGGCUUUUUGCAGGAUUGUGUUCUCGAAGAGGGACUCUGAGCCCUCAGCAGCAGAGCUGUUAAUGCUCCGUGAAUGGAGCAGGGCUGGGCCAGGGUGAGCCAGGCUGCAGGCUGUCCUCCAGCCUCAGAGCCAGCAAAAUAAAGAGCA